GGGUGGAGUUGGGCUGUUGGCGGCGGCGGCGGUUGCCAGGAUCCCGCGUUUGCCGCCUGAGGGACCCGUAAUAUGGCGGGGAGGAGGAGGAGGAGAAGGCGGCGGAUCCAGAUGCGCUCUGUCUGAACCGACUGACUGCUUUGCUUCUUAGGGAGGUCGGUCCACCGCAGAGAAGCUGACCCUGCGGUGGGUGUCAGGGAGCAAGCCUGAGAGAGUACCCAUUCUUAUGGAGCUUACAUUUUGGUGGAGGAAGACACACAAACCUCAAGGAAACAAACGAGAGCAUUCCAGAUAGCGUGUGACAGGGGAAGAUGGAGGAGUACGAGGAGUUCUGUGAGAAAGCCCUUGCCCGAGUUCAGGCAGCAUCACUGUCCACAGAGAGCUUCCUGCCCGCCCAGGCAGACAGCGUCUCACUCAUCCGCUUCCACGGGCUGGCUGUGCUUUCUCCACUGCUUACCAUCGAGAAGAGAAAAGAAAUUCAACAGGAAAAGCAGAAAGCACUGGAUGUCCAAACAAGAAAGCAGGCCAAUAGGAAGAAAGCUUUACUGACUCGUGUCCAGGAGAUUCUUGAAAAUGUCCAGGUUAGAAAAGCACCAAAUGCCAGUGAUUUUGACCAGUGGGCGAUAGAAACUAUUUAUUCUAAUUCAGAAGUCAAAAGCUCUAACGCUCCUGCUACAGUUCCGAACAGCUUGCCAAGCCCCCCUGAGCACUGUACUUCAGUAAAGCUUGAAAAGAUAACUGGACUUCUGCCUGUGGGCAAUAAGGACCAACACAAUGCUGAUGGGAUGAGCCUGCCUAGAGACUCCGAAGGGUCUGACUCUCUGAAGCGGUGUGACAGUCCAGACAGCAGGCAGGCAGAAAACGGAGCUGCUCCAAGGCUCUCUGCAGCGAGCUCACAGGAGACUCUCAUUUCUGACGGUUCCCUCUUAGCAAAAGAAGAACAGGACCCAUCACGUUUGGCAGAAGUCACGCCAGAUCCCUACAUCAUGAGCCUUCAGGAUCUAAUGAAGAAAUCAAAGGAGUUCGUGGAGAGAGAACAGUCUAGACGGAGUCUGAGGAGUGGUGCAAAGAGAAGUGCGAGUGAAAGCCAUUCAGACAAAGAAAACGAUGCUGUUAAGGCAGGUGACUGUGUGAAGGAGAAGACCCCACCUCUGCCCACAGGCCGGCACUGUGGCUCCACCAUCCCAGACAAACCAAGCCUUAAUAAGUCCAACGUUCUCCUCCAAGGUGCUUCUCAAGCAAGCAACAUGGGCACGUCAGUUUUAGCCAGCUUUUCCAAAGUAGAUCUACCUGUGGGAAAUGACUCUCCCACUCUUCCAGAAGCUGAGGCAGCUUUUAAAGUUGUUCCCACCUUUAUUACUGAAAAUAAAGUUAUCAAAAGUCUUACAGGUCCAUAUGCCAAAUUACCUAGUCCAGAGCCCAGUGUGAGUCCCACAAUGCAUCGAAGGCGUUCCAGGCCAUUGUCAGCAUGUCAGAUCCUUAUAAAUAACCCGGUGAAUGCCUGUGAGCUGAGCCCAAAGGGAAAAGAAGAGGCCGUGCAUAGAGUCACUCCAGCCGCUGGUGAAACAACCAAUGAAUCUGAAAUUGUGCCAAAGUCACCAGCUGACUUCACAGGGGUUUGUUCAGGCAAGGUUUCUGCUAGCAAAAGCAUGUUGGAGACCACAAGAGAGAUGGUUAUGGGUAAGCCAAGUCAGGGACAUCAGGCCUUAGGAAAUCAAGUAGACAAUAAAGUCACUGUUGAGCAUGCUGCUGUGGAAGGUCCCCUCACACCCGAUGAAAGGGAAGUCCGGAAAGCGGACAGUACUUGUAUGGCUGUGCCCAAGUUGCAUGAACUACACACCACCAGUCAGUGUGUAGCAAGUCAAGCCAUGGAAGAUGUGUGUGGACUCAAGUCAGACAAUAUGUUAGCAAAAAACUCUUGUAAUUUACAAAUGGAACUGAAUAAAUCAUAUGAUGUGAAAAACCCAUCUCCCUUACUUAUGCAGACCCAGAUUUCCAGACGGCAGAUGGACACUCCUUCAGUGCCCUGUGGAAAUGAACAGUUUUUGGAUAACAGUCUUGAAAAAGUUAAGCGAAGACUUGAUUUAGAUAUUGAUAGUUUGCAAAAAGAAAAUUGUCCUUACAUUAUAACAGCUGGAGUAGCCGAACAGGAAAGGGAACACCUGCCAGAAAGAAGAUACUCUAAGGGAUCCGGCUACAUUAACAAGAAUAAGAUACUAGAAACUAGCCCUAAAGAAGGCCAGGAGAUACUAAAAAGCAGGUUGUUAGCGUUUGAAGAGAUGCGGAAGAGACUGGAGGAGCAGCAUGCGCAGCAGCUGUCCCUCCUCAUAGCAGAGCAGGAGCGAGAGCAGGAGCGACUGCAGAGGGAAAUAGAAGAGCAGGAGAAGAUGCUGAAAGAGAAGGCGGUUGCGGCGGAUGUCUCCGACCUGAGCAGUGCACUGGAGCUGGAGUGGAGAAAAAGAAGCGGUUCUGCUCUGCUAGAAACAAUGCUGUCCCAAGUGGACUCGCUCCAGACCUCAGACAACUCUGGCUUCACAAAUUCUGCCCUACAAUAUAGCUUUGGUUCUGCAAGUGAAGCACCAUUCUACCUCUGGGGAUCGCUGGCCAGUGGCGUGACCAAACUCUCAGUAACAAGGCCUUUUGGAAGGGCCCAAGCUAAAUGGUCUCAGGUUUUUAGUCCAGAAAUACAAGCAAAAUUUAACAAAAUAACUGCUGUGGCAAAAGGAUUUCUUACUCGUAAACUUAUGCAAACAGACAAGCUGAAGCAGCUUCGCCAAACCGUGAAAGAUACUAUGGAGUUCAUACGAAGCUUUCAGUCAGAAGCCCCACUGAAGAGAGGUGUUGUCUCAGCCCAAGAUGCUUCCCUUCAGGAACGAGUGUUAGCUCAGUUGCGAGCUGCCCUGUAUGGUAUUCAUGACAUCUUCUUUGUAAUGGAUGCAGCUGAGAGAAUGUCAAUCCUCCAUCAUGAUCGAGAAGCCCGCAAAGAGAAACUGCUCCGGCAGAUGGGUAAAAUGAGAAGUCCGCGGGUGGCGCUUUCAGCUGCAACACAGAAGUCUCUUGACAGGAAGAAGUUCAUGAAAGUUGCUGAAAUGGGAAUGCCCAAUAAGAAGUUCCUGCUGAAGCAAAGCCCCUCAGAAACAAGAGUCCUUCAGCCAAACCAAGGACAGAAUGCACCUGUUCAUAGGCUACUUAGUAGACAAGGAACCCCUAAGACAUCAGUGAAGGGGGUUGUGCAAAAUAGACAGAAGCCUUCACAGAGCAGAGUGCCUAACAGAGCGCCUGUGUCAGGAGCAUAUGCAGGAAAAAUCCAAAGAAAGCGGCCAAAUGUUGCGACAAUUUAAGAAGACAGCAUUCACUGGGAUGAAGCAGGGGAGGAGAGCGUGCUGUUCCCACAUUCCAUUCCCUGGCCAGGACUUUUAGCUUAGCCCUGGCCUCUGUUUAUACAGGCAAAGAGACAGCAAGGGCUGAACAUUUGUAUGUAUAAUCUUGUCAGUUUGGAGAAUUCCUUCCUCAUUUUCCUAUUGAUGUAGUCUGGGUGAAGAUGAUUAGCUCAGCAUAAUGUAUGUGCCCAGAGGUCUACAGUCACCCAUUUUUAUAAAAAAAACAUAAGAAAUUUGGACUUAUUUUUACAGAGUAUUAAAAAGAUACCACCAAUUGUAAAUUAUCCCUAAAACCUAAAUUUCAUUCAUGACUAUAUACUGAUUGCUGAAUUUGAUAAACAAAUUAGAUACUGUUCUGUUCAAAAAGAAAUUAUUGCAGAAGUAUAUGUUUUUCUAAUUUUAAAUGCCCACAAUUCCAUAUCCUUUGACUUGCAGUAUAGCUACGUAGGAUGAAACACUUGCCACACUGAAUCCUAAGUAAGAAGUGGCUGGAGGGCGGGUCAUGGUUUUGGGUAAAGGACAUUCCUGUGGACAACUAGUCGUCUUACAGAAAUGUCAGGUUUCAUGUAUGUUACUAUUAGCUACAGGUAGACUAGUUUAUAAGCUCCUUCUUGGGAAGUGGCAAGUUUAGAGAAGAGAGCACAGUCUUCAUGAAUGUAGCACCUGGGAGUGCACUGUGAAGACAGGAGAGCAGAGUGCAUGCGUUAGUUCUGUUUCGUCUGUAUGGCUUAUUUCUUCCUACUCUUUUUCCAGCAUGCUUCACUUAGGAGAGAAUAAAGGGCUAUUUAGUAAGAAACCCAGUGGAUAGCAUAGUAAUACUGUCUAGUUUAAAAUCCGCAAUAAAGGCACUGAGAUGUAUGGCUUUCAUGACUAACAUAUUCAUUAAAUGCAUCAACCAACAGUGUACCAAGAAAAUAUGAUUUUAUGAAGGAGAAUGCUACUUUUCAUAUAAUUCUAAAAAGGGCUUUGUGCUUCUUAUAUGACAUUGGGACUGUGUAUAUCUGAUCCUUAUAACUUGAAUUUUAAAGAUAGUCGUAUUUUGAAGAUGCAGCCUGUAUAUAUUCUUAACCUUUUAGGAAUAUGGAGAGAAAGAUUGUUUUUCUGAUUUUCUUCCAUCUGAGAUUUGAGUUUUAUACCCAGCAAUAGUUACAAAAUAAUAACCCACUCUGGGUGUAAACUUUUUUUUUUUUUAUUGAGACUUACCAUUCAUUGAAUAGAAAAAGAAAACAGUCAAAAAAAAAAAAAAGUCCAGGUUCCUGCGAGGCAUUGGUGGUACAUGCCUUUAAUUCCAGCAGUCGGGAGGCAGAGGCAGGCCGGUCUCUGAAUUUGAGGCCAGCUUGGUCUACAUAGCAAGUUCUUGGAUAUCCAGGGCUACACAGACAAACCCUGUCUUGAAAAACAACCCAAAAAAGUCUACAUUUUAGCUUUUUUACCUGUAGGAAGGUACACCAAGUUAUCUUUCAAAUGUGAUAAACUGCUUCAUUGUUUGAAACACUCAGGACACUUAAUCGUAUCAUUGUGGGCUCUUCUAUAAGAAGAGGAGCUACGUUUGUGUGUAUUACUAUGAAUUAGUUAAAGAAAACUGUUUAGGAAAGCUACAACUACUUUUAGAUUAAAGAUGAGAAACUGGUGUGUUUUUAAAUUUCAAGAUGAAAGUUUUGUGUGUUUUACAUUUGAAUGUUCAGAAUUUUCUCUCAGAAAAGUGCCAGGCACUGUUUUGUGCUUUUGAAGUUUUAUUUAUAUGCGUUAUCUUUAUUGUUAUUUUUACUUUGACUGGAAUGUCUGUUCAUGUAAAUUGUAUUUAUUUUUAUACUUUCAUUUUUCACUAGUCUUGCUUCUAGGUAAAAGGCAAAAUAAACUUUCAUCCUAAACAAA